AUGUCGUGGCUUCUAGGCCACAGCAAAACAACCUACACAUCCCACUCCUCCCCAACUCCCCUCGAAACCAAGUCCGGCUCAAAAACCACCUUGCCAGAAAUCGCAAAAUCCUCAAUCCCACGAUGCCGUCUCAACCCUUUCCUCUUCAACGGCCACUUGCAGACCAUGUACACAGCCGUCAAAGACCCAGGACCACCCAUCUAUUACAAGCGCCAAAUCUUCGACUCUAACCACUCUGUCUAUCCCGGAACUUUUGCCGUGGAUUUUGUCGUCAGCAAGGAGGAGGGAGAGGCAUCUGCUUCACGGAUGAAAGACGACAAGGAUGAUACCGAGCUGCCCGAACGAACGACAAACUUUACCGCCAAAGAGUGGCAAGGAAUCAGCAGUGACGACGACAAGCCAAUGCUAAUAGCGCUCCACGGCCUGACCGGCGGAUCCCACGAAGUCUACCUCCGCGAAACCCUCUACCCGCUGCUAACCUCUUCGACGCAACCCUGGGCCGCCUGCGUCGUCAACGGGCGCGGCUGCGCGCUAUCCAAAAUCACCACGCCGCAGCUCUUCAACUCGCGCGCAACCUGGGAUCUCCGCCAGGUCGUCACAACGCUGCACGAUCUAUUCCCCAACCGGCCUCUCUACGCCAUCGGCUUCAGUCUAGGCGCCAACAUCCUAACCAACUACUGCGGCGAGCAAGGCGCAAGUUGCACUCUCAAAGCAGCAGUCUCGUGUUCGAACCCUUGGAACCUAGAAGUCUGCAACACGACGCUGCAAUCCACGUACCUGGGCCUACACAUCUACUCGCGCACCAUGGGCAAGAACCUCAUGGGCCUCUUCAAACGACACCGCACCCAGAUACUGCAGAACCCGGGAAUCGACGAGACCGCUCUCCUCGCAUCCAAGUACCUCCACGAAUUCGAUCGACAUGUCCAGUGUCCUACUUGGGGUUACCCGACCGAAGGCGCGUAUUAUAGGGACUCGCAAUCCGUAGAUGCGGUACUGGCUAUUCGCAUCCCUUUCCUGGGCAUCAACGCCGAAGACGAUCCGAUUAGUAAUAAAGCGGGCUUGCCGUACCAGGAGGUGUGCCAGAAUCCGAAUACGCUGCUUGUUACGACGGAUUGGGGCGGUCACCUGGGUUCCUUCCAGUUGGGUGGCGGGCGCUGGUUCGCGACUGCUGCUGCUUCUUUCUUGCAGAAGAUGCAUGGCGAGGUGGAUUUUGAAGCUACGAAGGGUGUUGAUGGGGGAAAGGAUGUGAAUAUGGGAGGGCUGGAGGGAAAGAAGUAUCCUAUUUUCGAUCCUAAUCACAGGAGGCUGAUAUUGCCUGAUGCUUAG